AUGUCGAACGAGUUGCCGUCCGGCUGCAGCUCCCCCACCGUGCUGGUCCAGCGUCACGUUCUGCCCGCUGUGGAGCCACUGUCUGUAGUACAGGUCCAGGAACGGAGCCAGGCCGUCCACCUUGAACCGCUCGAGCAUCAGGUUGAAAAUCGAGAGGUACUUGGCCAGCAGCCGUUCGGGGGUGAUGGGGGCCAGGUUCAAGUGCUCUCUUUUGUUGAGUUCCUUGAUGACAAGGUUGAGUGCCGUGGUGGGGCCCUCGUUCGAGAUAUUGAGACCGGUCCCCACCACAACGUGGUAGAGGUUGUCGAAGAUGCUUGUCUCCACAAGCACCCCACCGACCUUGGUGUACGCAUCCAGGCCGUUUUGGCCAAACGAGUCCGGGCGCAGAGCGUAGACAUCGUUCGGCCACUUGAGUCGCACAGGCACCUUGUCGUAGCCGGGGCCGUACGAGUUGACGGCCUGCACGAUGGCCAUGCUUCCGAGGUACUGGAUCAGCACGAUCGGCACAUCCAGUGGGAGCUUGAGGAAAGUGGAGGUUGCAAAAACGCCCUGUGGGUUCACCCACACGUUUCCCGACCGUCCACGGCCAGCCACCUGGGUUCCUCCGUGGAUAUUGAACCCGUGGGGAAGCACCCGCAGGAACGGCGAGUUGUGCAUCAUCAGCGAACUUGUCGACGUGAGCACCUGCGCGUACGCAAACACAGCUCCAAGGUCGCCAACGGCAUGGGCCCCGGUCUCCUGGUACGCGGCCGCAAGCUCCUGCUGGAACUGCCGGAUGUCAAAGUACGGGGUCUGGGACGACUGCGGCAGCGACUUGUCGCACACGAAAACGUCUUUCACCGCGGUCACCGGGUCGGACAUGUCCUGCUGCACAAAGCUGUCGAGCGUCUUGUGGAUCCGCACCGUAUCUGUGCCGAGAUCCAUGAGGUUUUUGUCCUGGUCGUGUUGGGCGUAGGCGCCCCGCUGCCCUGGAACCGGUUUGUGCGCACAGUAUCCAACAAAAAAUCAUCCCCCAGCAUUUUGGCUGAGGUUCGAGAAAACUUGUACACCGUGCCCAACAUUUUGACGUUUACCCGGUUGGCCGCCGCGCCGGUGGUUGGGUACCUGCUUGUGAACGGCCAGACGUCGUGGGCGCUUGGGCUGUUUGCGUACUCGUGUGUGACGGAUUUCGUGGACGGUUAUAUUGCCCGACGGUAUAACUUGCGCUCGAGAGUCGGGUCCAUCAUCGACCCAAUGGCCGACAAGGCGCUGAUGGUGAUCUGCACCGCGUGUCUCGCGCACGUCGGCACCGUGCCCAUGUACCUGGCGGGGCUGAUCCUGGGCAGGGACGUGCUGCUGUUGGCCGCUGCAAUGGUGAUCCGGUACGUCUCGCUGCCCGCGCCGCGCACGUUCCACCGGUACUGGGACUUCACGCUCAUCACGGUGGAGGUGCGGCCCACCACGGUCAGCAAGAUCAACACCGCGCUGCAGAUGGCGUAUUUGGGCGGCACGAUGCUGCUCCCGCUCGUGGACCUUGGCGCCCCGUUGCUGGAGCCCCUGGUGGCCGCCACGACCGUGCUGAGCGGGCUGUCCGCAAACUCCUGGAAACACAGCUGGUCCACGCCAGAAAGCUGGCUGGACUCCUUGAGCAACGUGCGCGACACCUCGAUCUCCGGGGCUCCUCCGCCGGCAAUCAGGGCCCGCUCCUUCACCAGACACCGGAUCACACACAGUGCGUCGUGCAACGACCGCUCUGUCUCGUCCAAAAUCUGGUUGUUGGCUCCACGGCACACCACAGAAACGGUUGGCUGGGUCACGUUUUUCACGCCGGUGAUCUUGAUGAUCCGCGACUCGGACGACUCCACCUCCUCCACGAGGUCGGCCGUGCCCAGACGGGACUCCACGAACGAGUCCACGUCCGCAAUCGGCUUGCAACCCAGACUCUUGCUGAUGAACUCGAUUUCGUCUCUCUCGAUGUCCUUAACCACCAGGAUGUUGAGCUUGGACAGGAAGUGCAGCGCCAGGUCGUUGACCGCGUCUCUAAGAAUCGACUUCUGGAUCAGCAACACGUUACACUUGGCCUUCUUGAUCUUCUUGCAAAUAUUGAGCAAAUACGCUCUUUCUUCCUUGAGGAUCUUGUCCAUCUGUCUUCCGAUACGGGCCUUGUCCAUUCUGGUGGGGCCGCCUGCGCUUUUAAUCACGUUCUGUGUUAAAACAACGCCGGCCACGGUUUCUGUGUCGUCGAUGGUUCCGCCCAGCUUCUUGAUCAAACGGAUAUCGUUCAGGUCCACGUUUGUGGCCUGCGGACCCACAACCUUGAGCACCGCGUCCACCGCCAGCGGACCCAACAACGACGAGUGCUGCGACACGAUCUUCGACGAAAGCGACGUGUUUGCUGCUCUGAUCAACGCGUCUCUGUCCUCCAGCGAGAUCCGAUGCGACAUGUCCAGCAAAAUCUGGACGCUGCGCUCGGCCGCGCGCGUGAACGACUCCGAAAUGAUGGUUGGAUGGAUGCCCUUGUUGAGCAGCUUCUCUGCGGCUCCCAGCAAGGCGCCCGUGAUCACCACCACAGACGUGGUUCCGUCACCGGCCUCGACGUCCUGGGCCCCCGAAAGGUCCACCAACAUCUUGGCCGCCGGAUGCAACACCGCCAUGUGCUUCAAAAUCGUGUGCCCGUCGUUCGAGAUGAUCACCUCGCCACGGCCAGUCUUGAUCAUCUUAUCCAUUCCCUUUGGGCCCAACGACGUGCGAACUGCGUCUGCCACCGCACGGGCCGCCAGAAUGUUCGCCUUGCGGACCUCCUGCGGCUUCUCUUUGUUCUUGAACACAACAACAAAUACCCCUGUCGUGUUCCACGAACUGACGCCCACCGCGCAGGAUAUCGUCAACUGCGCUUAUGCUAACUGGUACAAGCUGUUUGGAAAACACACUUUUUCAAGAACCGUCAUUUUGCCCCUGUCAGAGCAGUUUAUCCAGUACCUGGAGAACGACGACUUCACGAUCCCGGGGCAAAAGACCACUGUUCCUGCUGAACAGGACGACGAGUGGAACUACACCCCGCCAGACCGUCCAGACCCGGCGUCCAGGUUCCCUGAGCUCCAUAACCAAAUCAAACUCGCUUUCGACAAGUUUAAACAUAUAGCUCCCAAAUUGGACUGGUCUGCCCCCCAGGACUCAGUCUGGAUCCUGCCCGGCCGCACCAUGAAGUGUUCGUCUCCGGAAGACUUGUACCUGCUGCUCAAGUCGUCCGACUACAUCAACCACGACCUGGCCAACGCCUUCGACGAGUCGGGCAACGCUCCAGAAACAUUCCAACACCACUUGAUCCUGCGAGAAUGGCGCGAAAUCAACCCGUCGGUCGAGUUCCGGUGCUUUGUGCGAGACCGCCAGUUGGUGGGUAUCUGCCAGCGCGACCUCAACUACUACCCGUUCCUCAACGACCUGCAUGACACCAUCAUUGAGCAAAUAGCCGUUUUUUUUGACGACGUGCUGCUGCCCAAGUUCGGCUCAAACAGCUUUGUUUUCGACGUUUAUUUGCCUAAACCGUUUACAAAGGUGUAUCUGUUAGACAUCAACCCGUUUGCGCGCAAAACAGACUCGCUGCUCUUUUCCUGGAACGAGCUGGCUACCAUGAAGGUUCCCGAAGACGACGUUGUUGUGCGGCUUGUGACGCAGCACAACUCUGGCCGGUUCGCCACCAAGGCACACUCGCAGAACCACGUGCCGCGCGACGUGCUCGAGGCUUCGAUCGACCCGUCCAAAAUGGUGGAAAUGAUGCGCAACUGGUCGUCUGCACAGGACUCUGACGACAGCGACUAG